UGUGAAAAUAUGUUCGCCACAACAGGCAUGGUAGCGGCACCUCAGCCGGCGACUGGACAAGUCGCGCAAAAUGGAAGCACCACCUUGCCUCGGUCCCACCAUCAGAGAACGGGUAGACCACCGGCAGCUCCAAAAUCCUAUGAUUAUCUUUUAAAAGUGCUUCUUGUUGGGGACUCAGAUGUUGGCAAACAAGAGAUAUUACAAGACCUUGAAGAUGGUUCUGCAGAUUCACCAUUCUGCAGUGGAAGUGCGUAUAAAACGACAACGAUUCUCUUAGACGGCAAGAGAGUGAAACUUCAGCUGUGGGACACUUCGGGUCAAGGGAGGUUCUGUACAAUAAUCCGCUCGUACUCGAGGGGGGCGCAAGGAAUACUCCUCGUGUACGACAUUACUAACAAGUGGUCGUUCGACAGUAUUGAUAGGUGGCUCGAGGAAGUCGAAAAGCACGCACCGGGCGUCCCAAAGGUGCUUGUGGGCAAUCGUCUGCAUUUGGCCUUCAAACGGCAAGUACAGGAACGUGACGCAGAGCUCUACGCCGCUAAGAACCACAUGGCGUUCUUCGAAGUGAGCCCUCUCUGCGAUUUCAACAUCCGCGAGAGUUUCUGCGAACUGUCGCGCAUGGCGCUACAUAGAAAUGGCAUGGAGAGACUUUGGAGGAGUAAUAAAGUGCUGAGCCUGCAGGAGCUGUGCUGCCGCGCGAUCGUGGCGCGCACGUCGGUGUACGCGCUGGAGCGGCUGCCGCUGCCCGCGCCGCUCAAGUGCCACCUCAAGUCGUACGCCAUCUCCGCGGCGCCGGCCCGCGCGCGCGCCCGCGCCCGCCACGCGCCGCACGCGCGCCUCAGCUGCGCCGGCCGCAACUCCUGCGCCGUCGCCUGAGCCAGCUCGCCUUCGCUAACCUACAUUCGACAUGGACAAUUAAAACUCCUGGGGGG